CAGAUCACAGCUCUCUUAAAUACCCAAUACAAUGAUUUAUGCAAUACAGAAUGCAAAAAAGACGAGAAAGUAGUCUGAGCCGGAGUUAACUGUACAGAUUUUAUUUAUUUUGGAAAUUGUUACCAAAGACGCAUUUCCUUGCCUUAACUGCGCUGAAAACUGUUCAUGUUUUUGCUCAUUGACAAUGAUGAAAAUUCUUAUCGCACUGAAGAAUCAAACGAAUAUGUGACUAACAACAUUGCUGGAACUAGUCAGCCUACUAACUCUGAGGAGAAUUGUGGAAAAUAUAUUACAAGUAAAACUUUUUCACGUUGUGUAGCUGAAAAAAAAAUAGAGGAAGUGGUUUUGCUAAACCACUAAACUGGAAGGGAAAUCACGAACCCAGUCACUUGUCCAUACCAACACCGGACCAAUGCCUAAUCUGAAAAGCAACAGUGGAGAUGAAUCAUAUAGCUGCAAACAAUUAGGGAAGAGCUUCAAAUCAAAGCGGAAUUUAAACAGGCAUAUGCGGAUUCCUCCAAGAGAUAAACCCUAUAUUUGUAAACAAUGUGGAAAAUGUGUUUCACGAUUAUCUAAUUUACGAGAGCAUGAGCGAACUCACACUGGCGAAAAACCUUAUGCUUGUAAACAUUGUGGAAAGGAUUUUUCACAAUUAUCUAGUUUACUUAGGCACGAGCUAAGUCAUACUGGAGAGAAACCUCAUAUAUGUAAACAAUGUGGAAAGUGUUUUUCUCGAUUAUCUCAUUUACAGAGGCAUGGAAGAACUCAUACUGGAGAAAAACCUUAUAUUUGUAAUCAAUGUGGAAAGUGUUUUACGCGAUUAUCUCAUUUACAAGGGCAUAAGCGAACUCAUUGCGGCAAAAAACCUGGUGCCUCUAAUCAUGUUUGUGAAUAUUGUGGAAAGUGUUUUACGGAGUCAUCUAAUUUACAUGUGCACAAGAGAACUCAUACUGGAAAGAAACCGUUCGUUUGUGAACAAUGUGGAAAGAGUUUUUCACAAAUAUCUAUUUUACGAGCGCAUGAACGAACUCAUACUGGAGAGAAACCAUUUGUAAACAAUGGAAAGAGUUUUUCACAAUUAUCUGGUUUACAAGCGCAUGAACGAACUCAUACUGGAGAGAAACCAUAUUCUUGUAAACAAUGCGAAAAGUGGUUUUCAUAUUCAUCUGCUUUAUCAAUACAUGAGCGAACUCACACUGGGGAAAAACCUUUCAUUUGUGAACAAUGUGGAAAAAGUUUUACAUCAUCUAGUUUACUUGUGCACAAGAGAACUCAUACUGGAAAGAAACCUUUCGUUUGUAAACAAUGUGGAAAGAGUUUUUCACAAUUAUCUAAUUUACGAGCGCAUGAACGAACUCAUACUGGGGAGAAACCUCAUGUUUGUAAACACUGUGGAAAGAGUUUACAAUUAUCUGAUUUACAAGCGCAUGAACGAACUCAUACUGGAGAGAAACCUUAUGUUUGUAUACAAUGUGGAAAGGCUUUCUCACGAUCAUCCACUUUAUCUGAACAUGAGAGAAUUCAUACUGGAGAGAAACCACAUAUUUGUAAACAAUGUGGAAAAAGUUUUUCACAAUUAUCUAAUUUACAUGUGCAUGAACGAACUCAUACUGGAGAGAAACCUUAUGUUUGUAAAGAAUGUGGUAAGCAUUUUGCACAUUUAUCCACUUUGCAUGCCCAUGAGCGAAGACAUACUUGAAAGAAUCCAAAUUACGUUGGUAUGAGCAAACCUAACUGUGUAAACAAUGUGUGAUGCGCUUUUUGAAUAGACUGCGUUUACAAAAACAACAUAGGCAGGAAAACAACAGUUUGUGUGGGUUCCUUACAUAUUGGAUCGUUUGGAAGAAGUUUUCCUUAUAUUUAACCUAAUCAUAAUGCAGAUAUAAGCUACUCAUAUUCUUUUGAAAUUUUGAUUGAAUUUAAAAAUAAAUAGUUUAAAAAGUCAAAACUUUGGAAAUGUUUUACGAGUUUUAAAAUAUAUUCUGCCAUAUUCAUUCGUGCGUUUGGCUUUAUAUUAAGAGAAUAAUAAAUGAGAGAAAGCAAUAUUUUAAAAGUUCAGUUUUUCGUUUUAAUUUUGUUCAGGAGAUUUUUAAAGUAAGAUCUUGAACAAUUAGCCAAACACGGCAAUGAUAAUCCAAUUCGGAUUUUACCAGAUGAUGCUAGCUUUAGUUAUCAGAUAAGUCAAUUUCAAUAUAUUUUUUUCGUUUGUUUUUGUAUAAAUUUUUGUACAUACAUGUUGUAAUUUUAUUUUGUAACACCAUAAUUCGAUAACAUUGGGGCGGAAUUUCUCAACUUAAACUCACAUAUGUCAGAUGACUAAUUUUUUUUUUUUUGAAAGUUUGAAAUUAACCGAUGAGAUUAAAUAUUUUUCAUUUAAUGUGGACAAUGUGAUAUUUAUUGUGUGGGUUCCUUACAUAUUGGAUCGUUUGGAAGAAGUUUUCCUUAUAUUUAACCUAAUCAUAAUGCAGGUAUAAGCUACUCAUAUUCUUUUGAAAUUUUGAUUGAAUUUAAAAAUAAAUAGUUUAAAAAGUCAAAACUUUGGAAAUGUUUUACGAGUUUUAAAAUAUAUUCUGCCAUAUUCAUUCGUGCGUUUGGCUUUAUAUUAAGAGAAAAAUAAAUGAGAGAAAAGCAAUAUUUUUAAAGUUCAGUUUUUCGUUUUAAUUUUGUUCAGGAGAUUUUUUAAAGUAAGAUCUUGAACAAUUAGCCAAACACGGCAAUGAUAAUCCAAUUCGGAUUUUACCAGAUGAUGCUAGCUUUAGUUAUCAGAUAAGUCAAUUUCAAUAUAUUUUUUUCAUUUGUUUUUGUAUAAAUUUUUGUACAUACAUGUUGUAAUUUUAUUUUGUAACACCAUAAUUCGAUAACAUUGGGGCGGAAUUUCUCAACUUAAACUCACAUAUGUCAGAUGACUAUUUUUUUUAUUUUGAAAGUUUGAAAUUAACCGAUGAGAUUAAAUAUUUUUCAUUUAAUGUGGACAAUGUGAUAUUUAUUGUGCUUUGAAAACUGGGAGUGUUAAUGAUCAAAUGCUAAUGACGGUAACAUAAUGAAGGACUAGGGACGGAAGUGUAUAUGGCAGUGGUUCUCGAA